AUGUCGACUACACAGGUGCUCACACGGUCUCGCUCCCGUCACUCCAACAUCGACGCGGCUCCUCAAUCCGCACCGCAUAUCAACGAGGAUAGUGCAUCCCUCACCGCCUCGGCUGGCGCUCUGCUCGAUCCAGAAUACCAGGACCGUCGCAACCUCAAGCUCAGCGUGCGCCUCGUCGAGACCAUCCGUCACUACUGCGAUCUUGGCUUCACCGCUUUCGGUGGCCCAGGCGUUCACGUCGUCAUCCUCCGCAAGCGAUUCGUCGAUCAUCUGAAAUGGCUCGACGAGACCACCUUCGCUGACCUCUUCUCGCUCGGCAAUGCACUCCCCGGACCCGGCUCGACCCAGCUCGCCUUCUCGAUCGCUGUCGCACGCAAUGGUACCCUCGCAGGUCUCAUCGCUUUCCUCUUCUGGUCACUGCCGGGUGCGGCAGGCAUGGCAGCGUUGGGAGCCGGUGUGAGGUCCUUCCCCGACAGGCUGCCACCCAUCGUGCUGGCUCUGCUGACAGGUCUCAAUGCCGCGGCUGUCGGACUGAUCGCGCUGGCUGCAUAUCAGCUCAGCAUGUCGUCCAUCACAGAUCCGGUCACGAGGCUGCUGGUGCUCGCCUCGGCUUCGUUCGGUAUCUGCUACCACGCACCGUGGAUGUAUCCAGUGCUCGUGUUCGGAGGCGGUCUCAUCACCCUGAUCUAUGACUUUCGCCGUCGCAUAGCAAGCUUCGUAUCUACGAAGCUGGAGAUCAGCAGACGUAGAUCACAGGCUGUCAGUCGCGGCGAUGAUACUGCACAGAACGAGUCGACGCAGGACAUCGAGCUUGAGCCUGUGACGACGGCUGGCAGAGCAUCUCUCGACGCCGCAGACAAGAAGCAGUCAGGCUCUGCUGUCCAAGAGCUCCCAUUCCAGGCGGGCUCGAGCUCGAUACCGGUAAGCAUUCGACAAAGGACCGCACAGACUGUCGAUCGCAAUACGGCAACACCUCAAAAUGCAAACGAUCCCACUGCAGCAACAACCGACCAUCGCACGCCCAUCAUGGUGCUCAACCGCACCAUUGCCGUCGCCCUCGGCGUUGGCUUCCUUGUCUUCGUCAUCGCCGUCGUGGUCACCCGCUCGCAGCUCGCCUCACCACCACGCAUGCUCGACUUCUUCACCAACAUGGUCAUUGCUGGCGUCAUCAUCUUUGGUGGUGGUCCCGUGGUCAUCCCGCUCCUUCGCGGGUACACCGUCGAAAACGGCUGGGUCGAAUCGCGUGACUUUCUCCUCGGCUUUGCCAUCCUCCAAGCUUUCCCGGGUCCCAACUUCAAUUUUGCUGCCUACCUCGGCGUUCUUGCUGUCCCGCAAAACCCGGCCUUGGGGGCAUUCCUUGGCUGGCUCGGCAUUUUCUCCCCUGGUCUGCUGCUCAAGCUGUCGCUACUGCCCAUCUACAACACGUGGCGUAAGCACGAGGUGGCCAAAUCGGUGCUGCGCGGGCUCAAUGCCUCGGCGACUGGUUUGGUGUACACCGCCGUGUGGCAACUCUUCCUCGUCGGCUACAUUUACACACCUGCUCGAGGCGUUGUGGUGGAAUCGACAAGUCAGAGCGGACCGCUCACCUCCGAUCCUUUCUGGUGCGUGGUGGCCAGCUCGGCAUUCGUUGCUACUCAGUGGUUCAAGAGCCCGCCCGCCGUCACGAUUGUUGCCGGUGCUGUGGCGGGUCUCGCCUGGUUCGGCGUCGUUGGCGCGGCGGGCACGGAACGCCAACAGGCUUUCUUCUGA